CAGUUGCCAACUAACUGCACAACCAUAACGACGUUGCGUUGCGUUCUUCCGUGAUUUCCUCGUUUUGUUAUUUUUUUCUACGUGCGAUUUCUAGCAUGAGUUUGCCUCGUGCACGUUCAGCGGCAGUACUGACAGAUUGAGUUGACCGUGUAGUUGUGACCUGAAAAUUUCGAAACAGAACGUCAAAAUUUCACCUAACAUAGAAGAGUAACGAGCUUGCCGCCCUUUUUUUGUUUCGGGUUGAUCGUAUACUCAGAAGUACACGAUCCAGGACAGAACAUUGCGUGUGACGUGUUAGUGAGAUCUCAAGGCUGCUUCGCGGAAGUCUAGUCUCUCACGGACACGUUCACUGCAGUACCGGAAGCAGCGCAACGAGAACUCUCCCACAUCCCGAGUGCGCGUGCAUACUAGGCAACGGCUAUCGGCGUCGACUGGCUGUGCGUUUUCAGAGGUGUGGCGCGGCGCCUCAUAUCGGCUCCGUGUUUCCCGGCGCGCGCAAUCUGCAAGUUCCCCCGCAAUGCAUGGCGUCGUCGUCACGUGUUCCGGACGUCAGGAUUAUAAACUCGCGCUCGCGCGCGCCUUCGCUACCGGUUCGCACGACGUAGGUUCGCGGGAUACGGUGCGCAUUCUGAGGUCCUGUGCGUUGAGCGUCAGCUAGGACACGAACCGUUGUCGCUUGCGCUUUCGGACGCAGUGCCUGCUGCGGCAAUGCUGUCUCCGCAACAACGAUAUUCAAGGGGACGCUGCACGCCGGCGUCCAUCGCGCUGAAGGUUGGUCUGCCUGUUCUGAUCCUGCUUUUGAUUCUCCUCGUGGUGCUGUUCGCCGGAGUGUCCUGGAGCGACAGGGAUCCUGAUCCACCUGAUGUGGCAAAUCUCACGCUGGUGUCAGCUGGAAACGGAACAUUUACCUUGGCUUGGGAGCAGCCCGAAGGCAUCGUCGACCAAUACUGGGUGCAGGUCAGUGCCAGGGCCGCCAGCGGUGAUGACGAUGGCGACGGAAAGCACAGGGCGGGACUCUGCGCCAACGGAACAAUCCUCAGGUCCGACCAGACGCGCCUCACGUGUGGUGACGUCGAGCCCUGCACGAACGUUACCGUAACAGUGCGCGUGCUCAACUUCGCUCGGCGACACGAUACUACGAAGUAUUCCGACGGAGUACGCAUCCCCAUCUUCUUCCCGGGAUACGCUCCCGACACACCGAAGAACGCCUCCAUCGUCGCCGCGUCGCCUACAGAGACUCGGAUAUUGUGGGAGCCGGUCCUUUCUCACACGGGUGACGCCGUCCUGUACGACGUCAGGCUGUGCGACACGUCGGGACCCUGCGACGCCGCGAACCCAGAAGAAUGUGCGCAGUUCACGACGCCGAACACUUGGCUUGAUUUGAGCUCUUCCGUGGCGAAUCGGCGCUGCUUGUUGAUCGGAGCGACUACGAAGUGCGCUGGACAAGUCCUAAGAAGUAGCCCUUUUGUCCUAGAAACUUUGGUUCAGAUACCAACCGUUUAGAAGGUGUGUUUCCUUCAGCCAAGUUUAAUUUAUUAGUUGGGCUAUUCGUAACAGCGUCUCACACUCACUACAUUCCAUCGAUGGCUUUUGUACCUCGCCGCUGGUAUCUGCCAAGUUUGCUCCAAUCAUGGCCCAAAUUUGAAGUCAUAUUUUCUCAAUCAUGGCUGCAGUUUUUUUUUUACAGAGAGUUUGAUGAUCCCUAGUGCGUUACACUCACAAGUGGCCAUCAAUGUUCUGCAAAGCCUCGGCAGAAACUACAAAGUCACCAUCAGCAUGGUGUAAAUGUGGACGUUACCUUUUAAUUGAAUAUUUUUCACACACUGCGGUGAAAGCAGACACGGCCUAAUUUAAUCAUUGUACUGUUUUAUUGUCACAUCUUGAAUCCACUGCAUUCAACAUAUCUAUGUCAUUUCUGUUUACCAAGUAUUAAGCUUCCUGCACGAAAGAAAUGUGUUUUUAUAAUUGUAAACACAGUUUUUUAAUAUUCCUCAGGGCAGCAGGUUUCAGAAGUGUAAAAAUAAAUGUGCACAGUAGCUUGUCAUUUGACAUCUGAGGUCUUCCUGCCGUAAGCUACUUGUUUCUAGCUGGUUACAAUGCCCGAGAGAUCACCUUUUCCUUCCUUUCUUUUUCACUGACGUGUGGUGCUUACUCAAGCACAAAGACAAUUUUGUGCUACGAUGGCCGAACCGAGGGUAUUUUCAUUUAGAAAGCAUUGAUGACAGGUCUUCACAAAUUCUGUUGUGUCCGUUAAAGUACCUGCUUGUUAUAUCCUUGCAAGGUGAAUAAGCUGUACAUUAUCACCGAAGGAAAUAAACGACCCAGUACAAUGCGUCUAAACCA